UUCAGUUUCGAUCAUAUCUUUGGACCAGAAACCGAUUCACAAUCAGAAAUCUAUCAAACCUUGCUAAGAAAGAACGAUUUGAUCAAAGGAUUCUUGAACGGAUUUAAUGCUACUCUUAUUGCUUAUGGACAAACGGGUACAGGUAAAUCAUAUACGAUGGGAACCGGACCUUCAUCGGGUACGAGAGCUGGAAUCAUUCCUAGAGCAUUAGAAGAUAUUUUUAAUUUGAUUGAGAAUCCAUUAGAAGAUUCAGAAUGGAUUGUUGAACAAACGGUUGUGAAGGUCGCCUUUUUAGAAGUUUAUAAUGAUGAACUAGGAGAUUUUCAUCUAGGCAACGGACGAAUCCCAUCCCCUUCACCUCAUUCUUUUCCAAGCAUUCAAAUUAGAGAAGAAAAAGGAGGAGGAAUAAGUUGGACAGGAUUAAGAGAAGUGAUGGUGAAAGAUUCGAUUGAAGCAUUAGACCAAUUACAGAUUGGGUUAGGUAGAAGGGUCACGAAUGCUACUCAGAUGAAUGCUCAGUCUUCUAGGUCUCAUGCUAUCUUUUGUUUGAUGCUCGAUCAACAGUUGAAACAUAAAUCUAAUCAGGUCGUCUUGAGAAGGAAAAGCAAGUUUAAUUUUGUGGAUCUGGCUGGGUCUGAACGGGUUAGGAAAACUAAGGCUGAAGUAGGUGGAGAAAGGUUUAAGGAAGGAGUGGCCAUCAAUUCGGGUCUUUCGGCAUUGGGAAAUGUGAUUUCGGCACUUUCGAAUUCAUCGAAUUCGACUUCUUCUCAUCAUCAUCAUAUUCCUUAUAGAGAAUCAAAGUUGACUAGGUUAUUACAAGACAGUCUUGGUGGGAAUUCGAAUACGAUGAUGAUUGCAUGUGUUUCGCCUGAACUUUCGAAUGUUGGAGAAAGUAUGAGUACUUUGAGGUAUGCUUCUAGAACGCGAGAUAUCAAGAACAAGUUAACAAUGAACGAAGAGAAAGUGAACCCGUCCACGGCUCAUGGAAACAGUGGUAGUCAUAAACUGAAUGAGAUUGAAAGAGAAGAGUUAAAGAGGUUAAGAACCCAAGUUUUAGAACAAGAACAAAGUUUAGAAAUAGCCAUCAAACCGAUCAUAGAAGAGUAUGAAAAGACAUUGAGGGUGAUGGAAAUUGAGUUGAAUGAGACUAAAGAACAUUUGAAGAUUUGUUUGGUUGAGUGUGAGGAUUUGAGGAAUAGGGUUGGGAAUGAUGAGUUGCUUCAGAUGGCUAGAGAUCGGUUGGGUAGAAGGAACACUGGGAUGGGCAACGGGGAGGAUGGGGGGAGCGAUUGUGGGUCUGCGUUGGAUUUCUUGUUGGAUAGGAAAGAUGAUGAUUUGGAUUUGAUUUGA